CAAGAUUUUCAGUUAAAUUUCAGAAUUCGCAAACUGCGGUCGCCCCAAAGAAACGCCAAAAACUAAACCCAGAGCGCGAAAAACAAGAGAAAAACGCCCCGUUUAACUAGUAUAAAUACUAUACGCGAGAAGAAAAUAUUUAAAAUAUAUUUAUAAAACAUAAUAUAUUUCGAAAUAAACACACAUCAUGCUCAACAAAAGCCCCAUCGUUUUGGCCAGCUCUUUGCUGUUGCUAAUCGCCCUGCCAGUAAUUCGCGCCGAUCUCAUGUGCUACGUGUGCGACGACUGUGCCCAGCUGCCGAAGGAUGCACCCCUGCUGGCCUGCAAUGAGGACUUCUUCAACCCGGGUGGCAGCACAGAGGCCUCCACGGUGACCACCACCACCACGACCACGGAGGCGAGCACCACCGCCAAGGAGGAGACGACAGCAGCUCCCGUAGAAACGACCACAGCGAUCACGAGUGUUGAAACGGAGCCGCCCACCACAGAGUCCACGACGACCAGCGUGGAAACCACUGUGACUAGCGAUGCCACCACCGAGAGCACGCAGAGCACCGAGGCCCCGAUUCCCACGCCACCCACUGUGGGACCCGUGCAGACCACCACCGGUGUGCCCACGCCACCCGCUGAGGAUCUGGCCGCCCUGUCCGUGGCCUUGAACACCACCCGCCUGGUGCCUGUGGCUGCCCAGACCACCACUCCCAUUCCCUCCCUGGCCAUCAGGCAGCGACGAGCAGUGGUCGACACUGGGGUCACCUACCACUGCUACUCCGUUCAGGUUUCAGUGAACGGCACCAUGACCACAGAUCGUGGCUGCUCCCGGGUGACCACCAUGGAGGGCGUUUGCGAGCAGCUGAAGAUCCAGAACAACAACACGGAGCUGGCCAACUGCGAUCCCUGCAGCAUGAACGCCUGCAACGGAGGCUCUGCGCUGCAGAACUCCGCGCUGGCCUCCCUGCUCCUGGCCCUCGUGGCCUUUGCCCUGCAGCGCAACUAGGGGGCCGGCCACCAUCCAUCACCCGGUGCUCUAGCCUAGUAUUCCUCGACUCUUCAACGCGAACACACACUCAUCGGUCCGCGCUCAUUGUUAAGUGAUUCGAAAGUUUAUGUAAUUUUUAAGAUUUACACAAAAGACAUGCACACAAAACCGAAUAUCGAAAUAUAUACAACUGUAUUUAGAAUACAAACUUAAUCUAACCAAAUGUAAAGCUUCAGGCGACUUAAUAAAUAAUAUGUAAUAUUAAAACCAGAAA